CAGCGCUCAGAGCGGCUGUCAGGGAUGCAGAUCAGCUGUGUGAGCUCUCUGGGACUGACAGCAUAUUUAACCAUGAGGAGACCAGCGGGCGUUGAGCAGAAAUGCGCGCUGUGCUGACGGUGUGCUCAUCCCGCCAUGAGCCGCCGACCUCCGGGCGGGACAUGAGGGUCUGGGUCCUGGCUGUGACAGCGCUGCUGGCCGCCAACACCGCCCGGGGAUCACCGCUGCUCCUGGCUCCAGAGGAUUUUCUGGAGAAGUAUGGGUAUCUCCAUCAUGAGCACCAGAUUCACAAUGCAGUUGAAGUGCAAUCAGCUGUCAGAGAGUACCAGUGGCUCUCCCGUCUCCCCAUCACAGGGCAACUUGACAGCGCCACCUUGAGGCAGAUGGCAGAGCCCCGCUGUGGGGUGUCAGACGAGGGCAGCCAACAGGUCUGGGCCCAGAGGGUGAAUGUCAUCUUUACUGGGAAAAGACAACUGCAGCACCGCAGGAGGCGCUCUGCAGACCAAGCUGAGAAGUGGUACAAACGACAGCUGACCUACCAGAUAGUGAACUGGCCGCGCCACCUGUCUCUGGGCUCCGUCCGGCUGGCAGUGCGAACUGCUUUCCAGCUUUGGAGUAACGUGUCUGACCUGGUGUUCCGGGAGGCCCCCGAGGGCCCCGCAGACAUUCGGCUGGCUUUUUAUGAGGGGGAUCACAACGACGGGGCCAGUAAUGCCUUUGAUGGACCAGGUGGGACGUUGGCUCACGCCUUCCUGCCUCGCAGAGGAGAAGCCCACUUCGACAUGGCGGAGAGAUGGACGCUGAAUGGACACAAGGGCCACAACUUGUUCAUGGUGACCGCCCAUGAGAUCGGACACACUCUGGGCCUGGAGCACUCCCCCGUGCGGCAUGCUCUGAUGUCUCCGUACUACAGGAAGGUGGGCCGCCGCCUGGUCCUGAGCUGGGACGACAUCCUUGCGGUGCAGCAGCUGUACGGGAAACCGUUGGAUAAUCUCCCUGUGAGGUUGCCUGGACGGGUAUUACACGCCGCGCUGCAGGAGUGGGAGUUCACCGAGCUCCAGAACCAGAACCCAGGACUGCCUCUGUACUGCCAGGGGGUCUUUGAUGCCAUCACUGUGGAUGAGAAACAGACAGUACUGGUGUUCAGGGGCAGCCGGUUCUGGACGGUAUCGGCCGAAGGCAGCGUGAGCGACCCGCUCCUCAUCCGCCAGCGCUGGCCUGGCCUCCCUCGGGCGAUAGAAGCUGCUGCCUUUUCCCCUCUGGACUCCAAGUGGUAUUUUUUCAAAGGGAAGCGGAUGUGGCGUUACACGGGGACUGUGCUGGACCCGGGGUUCCCCAUGCAGAACAAGGUUCUGGGUCUGCCUCGCCGCCUGGACUGUGCUUUUUACUACACCCCUCUGGGUCACAUAGUGCUCUUCAAGGGCUCCCGCUACUUCGUGCUCAACCUUAAAACUCUUCGCCAGGAGCCCUAUUAUCCCCGCCGGCUGACAGACUGGACCGGCCUGCCGCAGGGCACCAACGGGGCGCUGACCCGUCCAGACGGCCGACUUUACCUGUUCAAAAAUCAACGGUUCUGGAGGUUCGACCCUGUGAAGGUGCGGGUCACCAGAGAGGGCCAGUGGGUCAAGGAUUUAAGCUGGACUGGCUGCAGCAAUAUACCUCGGAGUAAUAACAUUCUUUGACCAAGAGGGGGAGCUGCAAAAUUAAAAGUGCAAUUUAUUCACAGAGGAAGGGUCCUGCAAUUUUUUGAACAAAAACUCUUAUGUUGCAACUGGAUCCUGACGGUGACAGCGCUCCAUUAGCAUACACAGUAUUUAUACUACUGAACGCUACUAAUAUGAGGUAUGUGCAAUUAUUGUCUAACUAAUGCAGAUUUGAUUUGAUCUGCCAAAUUCAAAUAGAUAGUGCAACAGUCUAUUUGGUUUAUAUUUUUAAGAGAAAUUAUAUAUUUUAGUCAUAGCCUCUUCAGUCACCAGUACCUGUGGCAGGCUAUGUGUGUGAACUUUGACCUGUGACUGUUCUCUAUGUUCCAUAAAUAACAGAAAGCCUAAAGCUUUCUACACUGUGGGAACAAAUAGACAAAUAUUUUAACCUGAUUGUCUUUUUUAAACCAACAGACAUAUAAGAGUAGACACUUGGUGGAUUUAAUUCUUUUCAUGUGAUAGGCCUGUGUGCAAUAAGAGAGGGCAUAGUGAAGUGGUUAUGUUUUAUUUAUACAUAUGUGAUAUGUGGCAGGCAUGAAUAUUAUAGAAUUAUUAUAAUGGAAUAAUUCCAUUAUUAUUAUAACCCGAGUUAAUGAGUUAAGAUACAUUAAGAAGAUCAAAUGUUUUGUUGUAGUACAUUCUGCUUUAAAUAAUCAGUUUGUAAAUUAACCAAACCUGACAACCUGAUCACAAAGCUACCGAUCAUCUCUGACAAGCUGCUGUAUUACAGGGCAGUAAGCUGGGGUGGUGCUUUCAAUAAACGGCUCUGUCCAACAUUGUGUUAAAAGAUACAUGUUCUUUAAACAACAGAGCUCUCAGAUAUGUAAAUAUACCUGAUGACAUUCUCUAGAUGAACUAUUAAAACUCUGUGAGCUUAAAACAAAA